AUGGUAAAAUCACCACUUCCAUCUACAAAAAACCUACCGACACACAGCAAUACCUACAUGCAUCCAGCUUUCACCCCAUACACACAACUCGCUCGAUCAUAUACAGCCAAGCUCUACGUUACAGCCGCAUAUGCUCUGAUACUGUUGACAGAGACCAAAACUUGGACGAACUUGCUCACACAUCAACUCAAUUAUGAUCAACAUACUAUCACACAACAGAUCAAUAGAGCCAAGAAACAUAAAGGCAAUGAUCUCCUCACAUACAAAAAGAAGCAAUCAUCUAGCCGUAUUCCUCUAGUCGUUACAUAUCAUACAGCUAUAAAACCCCUACAACGUAUCAUUGACAAUCUUCAGCCUUUACUGCAAGAUAAUGAUCUCAAACACAUAUUUCAUGACAAGCCUUUUCUUGCUUACAGACAGCCAGCCAAUCUUAAAAGGCAUCUUAUCUCUAGUAAAUUUUCUCAGUCUACCCUUAUCAAUGGCACUUUUCCUUGUCACAGCACUAAAUGUGAGCUUUGCCAUCUUAAUCAUUCUGAAAGUCACAUACUUGGACCCAAUGGCUAUAUAAUCAACAUCAAAGGACACUUCACUUGCUCAUCCACUAACAUCAUCUAUGCCAUUACAUGCAAUAUAUGCCCCAAUGCUGUUUAUAUUGGUCAAACUGGCCAAACUCUCAGAAAUAGAAUUAAUGGUCACAAGUUUGACAUUAGACAUAAGUUAAUUAAGAAACCUGUAGCUGAACAUUUCACUUCCACAGGUCACACUAUCAAUAAUCUUAGAGUUGCUGUAGUUAAGAAGGGUAAUUUUAAGAACAAUCUAGAUAGGGAAAUUUGUGAACAGAAAAUAAUUAAGCAACUUGACUGUGUAAACUUGGGUUUAAACAAAGACUAUGGCUUUCUUGCCCACUACAGGGAAUGAUUUCAUUGUUAUGUUAAUGCCUCCAUUGUUUUUAUUACUUGCCUUUUGUUUUAGACCUUUUAUAUUCGAUUGCAUGUUGCUCUCUUAUCAUUCACCUGAAGAAGUGUACUGUGUACACGAAAGCUUGUGACAAUACAUAUUUCAACUAGUCUAUAAAGUGCUACCGUUUUCUUAUUGUUUGAUUACUUAUAAGUCAUCAUUUUCAUUUGAACAUUUCCCCAAUGAAUCACUAAUUCGAUAUAGUGCCUCCGAUUUUUUGCAUCUCGUUCGCAGAAAGCUUAAUAAAAGCAGGGGUUUUACAUCGCGAUGAACAAUUCAUUGCUGCUAGCCUAGCUCUGAACCCACACAGAGCAGACCUAAGAAAUCUCAAUCAAAUUUGCACUGGUUAACACAAAUGAAGCGUAGACCAAUACUUGGCAAGGCCUAGAAGGGCAUUGGU